AUGCAUAGCACGGGGGCUCAUCAGCCAUUUGCAGCCCGUCGAGAGCAGCCCGAACGCGAUGUCAUUGCCUUCUCUGGUUGUGGGUGGAUGCUGCCAUACCACAUUGGAGUAGCACACGGCCUCGUAGCGGCUGGCCGCAUCCGCCAGUUUACCCGCUUUGCAGGUGCAUCCGGCGGGUCGCUCAUUGGCGCCUACCUGGCAUGUGCCAUUGACCCGGAAACCGUGCUUGAGGCACACCUCUAUCAGUCGGAAAUUUGCCGCCAGGAAGGCACAUGGUGGAAGCUUCGUCGCCUGCUAGAGCACAUGAUGGACGAAACCUUGCCUCACAAUGCGCACAUCAAGUGCUCGGGCCGCCUCUCAGUGGCCAUGACUCGGCUGUGGCCACGCCCUCGUCUACGCCCAGUAUUUGUGUCCCAUUUUCCAGAGCGGCAAGACCUCAUCAACGCCCUUCUCUCCUCCUGCAUGGUACCGGGCUAUCUGGACGCCGCCCUCAUCUCCCGCUUCCGCGACUGGUACGUCAUUGACGGGGGCACUUGGCAGCUGGUGCCGCGAAUUGCCGGUGCGGUCAAGGUGUGCCCCUUCCAAGCACCGUUUCCCCGCUCCCAGGGCGUCAAGCUGGACAUUUCACCCGAGCUGACGCCCGAUUUUCCCUACACCAAGCGCGAGCUCUGGUCCUUAUGCUACAACCCCGCGGACAUGACCACUGCUCGUGAAAUACACAACUGGGGCCUCAAGGCUGCCAACGUCUGGCUAGAUACCUCGGAUAAAGGCCGACCCCGUUGUACCACCAAUGCGGCGAGCCGCUGGCCCAGUGGAAUCCCACGCGUCGGUACUGCACCCAUACCAACACCCCCGCAGGGCCCGCCCGCAGCCCCAUCAGCCAACCCCGGUGCCGGAUCUUCUCGGCCCAACAUCAUAUCUCAUUUAACACCCAAAUAA